AUGCCUCACAAACACAAGAGAAAGCGCGAGAAUGAUGAGUCAAAUUUCAACCUGGCACCCAACGCGCGCGCCCGCACAUUAUCGGUGCACCAGAAAUCGGAAUCGAUCUUCACGUCAGAUAAGCAGCGCAAAGAGAAACUAGCGGAGAAACAUGACCAACGGCGCAGGAAACGGAGUAAAUCAGGCAAAGGCGCCGAGGACGACACGCCCAAGGCAUUCGCGCGACUGAUGGCGUUCCAGAACGAGGGGAAGCGGGUGCGCAGUGGACUUGACGACGGACUGCGCCAGGAGAAGAAGAAGAAGAAGAAUAAUAAUAAGAAGGACAACACGAACAAUGGAGGGAACAAGACGCAAACUGAAGAGUCGCCCUCCACCGCUCACGCCACUGCCAACGCCGCGACUGCACCAAGCCAUGCCCUCCCCAAGAUCCUCCCAGGGGAGCGCCUCUCGGACUUUUCACUGCGGGUCGACCAAUCGCUGCCGCUGACUGGGGUACCGAAGCACAGCACGCGCAACACGGUGCCGGGACUGGACAUCAAGACGCCGCUGACGAAGCACAACAAGCGGCUGGCGCGCAUGCAGCGGGACUGGCGGGCGCAGGAGGCGAAGAUCCGGGACCGCGAGGAAGAGGCCGCGGACGAAGACGCGGAGAAGAGGGAGGAGGAGGGCCUGUUGUGGUUGGGCGUGGAUGUCGAGAGUGGCGUCAUGGCCGGGAAGAGCGGCAAGGGAAAGAAGAAGCGGCGGCGCGAGGUCGCGGACGAGGGCGAUCCCUGGAAGGUGUUGGAGCGGAAGAGACGGGAGGAGGAGAGAGCGAGGGAAAGGGAGGAGGCGGAGGCCGGUGUUGCCAGAGGGGGUGGUGGGUUUGUCGGUCAGGGGCGCACGGCCCAGUCGAGGGGCUUGAAUGCCAGGGAUACGGUGCAGGCACCGCCCGUGCUGAAGCCGGUGAAGAACAUCUUCAAGGAGAUGUCGGACCAUGGUGCGGUGGGAUCGAGGGAUCCUCGGGUUUUGGAGCGAACGGUCAUGAGCUAA